UGUCUGUACUAUGAGUUUUAUCAUUAUGUGAUACGAUUUUUUCAUGACUUUCAUAUCAAGCAGUACACGUUAACUAUGGCACGAGAUAGUGGUGGUGGCGCUGGGGCAUCCGGUGUUACAAGCGGAAGCGAGGAUGGUAUAGUUACUCUUCAGGCUAAGCACUCGUAGUGUAGAGCCGCCCGUAAGCUUCCCUUCAAGCCCGGGAGGAGAGGCACCAUGAACACCACCUUCCGCACCGCCAUCACCAGUGUGGCCUUCCUCUCCACGGUCACACCAGGGACCGUGGAGGAGGAGAGGAUCUGGCAGUUGAAAGUAGUGGGCUACUGGAUACUGAUGCCCAUCGUGAUAGUGGUGGGAGUGGCUAUCAACGCCGUCGGCAUUUACCUCCUCCACCGACCACGGAUGCAAAGUCUGCCGGCCACAGUGUACUUCAAACUGCUGUUCAGCCUUGACGUGGCCAUCCUGCUGGCCGCCAUCAACAUUGCUUUCACAUUUAGUGGAUGUAACAUACCCUCUUACUCUGUGGCACGCUAUGUUGUCCACCCCCUCUUCACGGCAUUAUACAUACUACAGGGCUUCAGCAAUUGCACCAUUGUGUGGCUAAGCUACGACCGCUUCCUGGCAGUGUGGUUUUACCACUACUAUUACCAGACGCAACAACCACUAGUUAAGAAACUUCGCAUUAUCUUCACUGGCUUGUUCUGUAUUGCAAUGCACCUCAGGCACCUACUGGAAGUGAGUGUGUUGUGUUUCACAGACAAAGAAAUGGUGGAAGUCACUAACAACACAGCCUGUGAGCAAGGCCUCUGGUAUGUGGAGGAUGUUCUUCAAAGAAAAGGCCUGGCCAUGGCAUGGGAAGAUGGGAUGAUCGCUGCACGCGUUGUGCUGCUGCUGAUUGUCCCUGCAGUGCUGGUGCUGGUGUUCAGUUUCGGCAUUGUGGUGGGCAUUUUCCGCCACCGCCUACAAAAUGUGGCUGCCACUACACACACACGUGACCAGGCCUUCUCUGCCAUCUAUAUCACCCUGUUUCUUUCCUUCACUUUUAUUAUCAUGAUCGUGGCUGGCGUUACCUUUAUCAGCAUGCAUUCCCUGCGAUGCCAUGGGUCAUUCGCCAAGGAAGUGUUCCGUACAGUAUUCCUUUUCCUUUUGCUGGGACAGCACACCACUCACAUCUUCUUCCUAGCCAUCAAUCAGAUCUUUCGGGAUGAACUGAACAUUCUGUUUAACGCUACUAAGAGCCGCUUUAACAAUACCUUUAUGUGGAUGAUUCAGACCAGCUGCCCCUCAUUCUCCACACACACCACCUCAACAAUGCACAAAAGACACAUUAAGGAAAAUCCUCACCUUCCCCAUCCCAUGAUGUCAUCAGAUGGGGAAUAUACUGACAAAAGAAUGAAAACCCAGACUUCUGUGGAUGAGCCUUAGUUCUAAUCCUACCCAUAAUGUACCUCACUUGGUACGACAACAGCCAGUGAGAGAAAUCUACCCUAUACAUGUAUGAGUGAGCAGAUUAUGAGCUGAUGAGACAGACUAAAUAUAAACUGGAAAGAGUACUUGGUUGAGGGAGAUGUUGAAGACAUGCGGCACACACUUACCACCAAACUCAACGAUGUAAUAAAGAAAUGUGUACCAAUGAAGGAAGCAAGGAUGUCAAGGAAAAAAACUAAUAAAGAACUACCAAUGAACCGGAAACUUUAGUCAAAAAUAAGAAGAAACAUCUUUGGGCAUGACUUAGGCAAUUGAUGAGUAGUGGAGAUACCUACAGCAGAGAAUUUCAGGAAGUGGACAAGGAAUAUAGAGGAACAAAUAAACACAUGAGGAAUGAAACAAGGAGUGAUAAAAAAUAAAGACCAUAUAACUGCAAGUCAUGUGAACGGGAAUCCCAAAGUAUUCUGGAAGUAUGUCCAGAAUAAAUAACCAGAAAAUCUGGCAUACCAGACCUCCAUAUAAGUGACAAUAACAUAGUUAUAACUAAAACAGACAAGAAGAAGGCAGAUGUAAUUUCAGAAUAGUUUUGUGAGAUAUUUACAGAUGAACCAGCUGGGGAAAUGCCCAUCCUCCUGAUUAAGCAAGUACCAGCACUGACAAAACAUAGAGUUUAUGAUGGAAGAAAUAAGAAAGGCAAUAAAGAAACUGAAAAGAAACAAGUCACCUGGACCAGAUGGUUUGCAUUCAAGGAUUAUGAAGGAGGUGGAACAAGAGUUGGCGGAACCAUUUAAAUUAAUUUUUUAUAGAUCAUUUACUAAUAGCAGACUCCCAACAGAAUGGAAAACAGGACACAUAACAGUGAUCUUCAAAGAGGGGAAGCAUACUGAACCAGGAAAUUACAGACCAAUAAGCCUGACUAAUUGACUCCUGAAAGAUGAUUGAAGAUAGAAAAUUUGCAAUUAUUAUCACUGGGAAAAAGACUAAGAUUGUGUAACAAAUGUUAUUUUGCUGGCAAUGUAUUGGAUGUGUUCUAUGUGUUAAUAUUAUUCAUUCAGUAAAUUAAGAAAAUUUA